UUACUCAUUCUUUUACUUCUCUUUUGUUCUCUGUCUCUCUGCUCCUUCCUCUCCGCCGGUUACUUCAUCCUCACGGUUCCAUUCUGCCUGAAAAACACCAAAACAUUCCUCCCUAAGCUUUGUUCAUCUACUUUGAUCUCACCCAGUUUCUGCUUCAUUCCAUUUUCCUAUUUGGUUUUGCUGUAAAGGGUGGUCAAUGCUGUUCUGGUUGGAGAUGGGUUUGUGGGUGAGUUGAAGUUUUGGGUUUCUGAAGUGGUGGUUUUGGGUUGAAGAAGAAGAAGAAGAAGAGAAGAGAUGGAUAUAACAGAGGUGACACUGAUGCACCAUAUGGGGAUUGUGUUGGGUGUGCUUUGGUUGCUCUCUUACUACAAUUGCUGCCAUGCAAUUGCCUACUUUCUCUCUCUGAUUUAUCUCUUUGCGGUUCAUGAGCGGUAUGUUAUGCGACUGCGGAAGAAGCUACAGUUUGAAGAAACCAGGCAGGGCAAUCAGAGAAGGGUACUUUCUGAUUCUGAAACAGUGCGGUGGCUGAACCAUGCAGUUGAAAAGAUAUGGCCUAUAUGUAUGGAACAGAUUGCUUCCCAGAGAGUUCUCCUCCCAAUCAUACCUUGGUUUUUGGAGAAGUACAAACCAUGGACUGUUAGUAAAGGUGUAGUACAGCACCUUUAUUUGGGAAGGAACCCACCUAUGUUCACAGAGAUGAGAGUUCUUCGCCAGUCUACUGGUGAUGACCAUUUGGUUCUGGAGUUGGGAAUGAAUUUUCUGACAGCUGAUGAUAUGCUUGGAAUACUUGCUGUCAAGCUAAAGAAAAGGCUGGGCUUUGGAAUUUGGGCGAAGUUGCAUAUUACCGGCAUGCAUGUUGAAGGCAAGGUCAUGAUUGGAGUGAAGUUCCUUCGCAAGUGGCCUUUUCUUGGCCGUGUGCGGUUAUGCUUCGUCGAGCCUCCAUAUUUUCAAAUGACCGUCAAGCCUAUUUUUACUCGUGGGCUUGAUGUUACAGAAGUCCCAGGGAUUGAUGGAUGGCUGGAUAAGCUUCUCUCAAUUGCCUUCGAGCAGACACUUGUUCAGCCUAAUAUGCUAGUUGUUGACAUGGAGAAAUUCACCACACCAGAAGAGGAAAAUUGGUUCUCUGUGGAUGAGAAGGAGCCUGUUGCGCAUCUCAAAGUAGAAGUUAUUGAAGCAUCCGACAUGAAAGUCUCCGACUUAAAUGGGUUUGCUGAUCCUUAUGUGAAGGGCCAAUUCGGUGUUUAUCAAUUCAAAACUAAGAUACAAAAGAAGACACUGACCCCAAAAUGGUUUGAGGAAUUUAAGAUCCCGAUUAUUACUUGGGAUUCACCUAAUGUGCUAGCUAUUGAAGUUCAUGACAAAGAUAUUUUUGUUGAUGAUACCCUGGGGAACUGUUCCAUUAACAUUGGUGAACUUAGGGAUGGUGUGAGACAUGACAUGUGGUUGCCUCUUCAGAACAUCAAAACAGCAGGGAGGCUGCAUCUUGCAGUAACUGUGCUCGAAGUCAGUGGGGAGGGCAGUGAUCCCCCAAAUGUUCGGGAAUCGGAAAUGCCAAAUAUGGAAGAUAAAAGAAAUUCCUUUUCCAGUGAGACUGCUAAUAAAAAUUCCUUCUCGUCUUUAUCAUCAGAGAAAUCUCCUAGGGUGGCCGAUAAUUAUGAGCCCAUUGAUGUUGAAGGACAAAAAGAAACUGGUAUAUGGGUCCAUCACCCAGGAAGUGAAGUUUCACAAACUUGGGAGGCUAGAAAAGGAAAGGGUCGACGUCUUAGUACCCAAAUUCAAGGGGAGCCUAAUGGGAGCAGCGGCACUGAUGAUACUCAAGAUGAUAAACAUCCAAUGCAAUCAGUUCGCCGUGGUCUACGUAAACUUGGUUCAGUAUUCCAGAAGAAUCCCAAAAAGGAGGAUAAUUCAAGCAGCUUUACAGAGUCACUCCAAAGCCCAGUUACUCCACGUGUCAAUCUAAGGGCGGUUAAUGAAAAGGACAUUGCGGUAAAAUUUGUUGUCGAAGAUGAAAUUUCUGGUAAAGUUUCAAGUUCUGGAGAGAGUAGCUCAGGUAGCCCAGGAAAGGGCAGGGUGAAAGGCAUGGCAAAGAGUUUCUUCAAACAUGCUGAAAAAUCAGUGAAGCAUGCACUUUCACGUAAAGGUUCAAGAAAGUCACAGACUGGUUCUUGUGAGAGGGAAAUCAUAGCAGAUUCCAACUCUUCUGAUGAUGAUGAUACUCCUCCCUCCCCAAUAGUUGAAUUGAUACCAGUUGUCUCCAGGGAUAUACCUCAUCCCCCUGUUAAUGAUUCGUUCACGUCAGAUGAGAAUUUGGUUCAGCCGCUUGCAAGUGCUCUAAGUAACAUUCCAGAGGAUACUGAGGACGAGGUGAAGAAGGUUGAACAUAAAGACACAGAAAACAUGCUUGAGAAGCCGGACGACCCUGAAAAAAGUGACAAGGGAUUGUCUGAGCCAUUAAAAGUUGAAGCUAGGUGAUGCAGUUGCAGAUUCGACGUAAAGAAUAUAGAUCAAAUUGCGAUUGUUGUAAAAGGAUAGCUCACACCAUCCUACUUGUGGCUGAAUUAAGAACUAGAGAAUUAGGUUUGCAUGUCCGAGGCACAUUAAUUUUCAUGUUUGAACAUCUGCCGAGAUAGGUACUUUUGUUUUAGGUUUGUGAAUCACAUGCAAGGGACCUAGCUUUUAUACCGUGGAAAGAGAUCAGCUUCUACACAAGGAUUUGAGAAUUUGUAGCAGAUGCAGGCUGAUCUUUCAUAUUUGUAGAUUGUUGGAGCGUUGGAGGAAGAUUCUGAUUUCUGUUUGUAAAUAUGUUGGAAAAUAUUCCAUAUAUAUGAAGUCGUUUUGGUAU